CCUCACUUACUGCCUCCUUUCCUUCUUUCUCCCUCCGCCACCCGAGCACCAGCCGCGCUCCGCGCUGCCCCCGGGGUCCCUCCCCCGCCGCCAGAGGAACAGCCGCCGCCGCCGCCGCCGCCGCCAGCAGCACAUUUAGGAGGCGGAAGGAAGGAGAAAGGGGAGGAAGGGGAACCCGAGCGCCUGCCCUGAGGGAGCCAGUGAAUGGGCUUGUGGUGACCCCCGCCCCCCACCCCACCCUCCCUUCCCACCCGACCCCCAACCCCCAUCCCCAGUUGGAGCCGCCGCCCGAGAGGCCGGGCCGUCGUCUUGGGAGGAGUCGCCGCCGCCGCCACCUCCGUCAUGGAACUGAUCACCAUCCUCGAGAAGACCGUGUCUCCGGACCGGCUGGAGCUGGAAGCAGCGCAGAAGUUCCUGGAGCGUGCGGCCGUAGAGAACCUGCCCACUUUCCUUGUGGAACUGUCCAGAGUGCUGGCAAAUCCAGGAAACAGUCAGGUUGCCAGAGUUGCAGCUGGUCUACAAAUCAAGAACUCUUUGACCUCGAAAGAUCCAGAUAUUAAGGCACAAUAUCAGCAAAGGUGGCUUGCUAUUGAUGCUAAUGCUCGACGAGAAGUCAAAAACUAUGUUUUGCAGACUUUGGGCACAGAAACUUACCGGCCUAGCUCUGCCUCCCAGUGUGUGGCUGGUAUUGCUUGUGCAGAAAUACCAGUAAACCAGUGGCCAGAACUCAUUCCUCAACUAGUGGCUAAUGUUACAAACCCCAAUAGCACAGAACACAUGAAAGAGUCAACAUUGGAAGCUAUCGGUUACAUCUGCCAAGAUAUAUCUGAAAGGCACUUUAUUAUGCAGGUGGUCUGUGAAGCCACACAAUGUCCAGAUACAAGGGUACGAGUGGCUGCUUUACAGAAUCUGGUGAAGAUAAUGUCUUUGUAUUAUCAGUACAUGGAAACCUAUAUGGGUCCUGCUCUUUUUGCAAUCACAAUUGAAGCAAUGAAAAGUGACAUUGAUGAAGUGGCCCUACAAGGGAUAGAAUUCUGGUCCAAUGUCUGCGAUGAGGAAAUGGAUUUGGCCAUUGAGGCUUCAGAGGCAGCAGAACAAGGACGGCCCCCUGAGCACACCAGCAAAUUUUAUGCCAAGGGAGCACUACAGUACCUAGUUCCCAUCCUCACACAGACCCUGACAAAACAGGACGAAAACGAUGAUGAUGAUGACUGGAACCCCUGCAAAGCUGCAGGAGUAUGCCUCAUGCUUCUGUCCACCUGCUGUGAAGAUGACAUUGUGCCACAUGUCCUCCCCUUCAUUAAAGAACACAUCAAGAACCCAGAUUGGCGAUACCGGGAUGCAGCAGUGAUGGCUUUUGGCUGUAUCUUGGAAGGACCAGAACCCAAUCAGCUCAAACCACUAGUUAUACAGGCUAUGCCUACCCUAAUAGAAUUAAUGAAAGACCCCAGUGUGGUUGUUCGGGACACAACUGCAUGGACUGUGGGCAGAAUUUGUGAACUGCUUCCUGAAGCGGCUAUCAAUGAUGUCUACCUGACUCCCCUACUGCAAUGUCUGAUUGAAGGCCUCAGUGCUGAACCCAGAGUGGCUUCAAAUGUGUGCUGGGCCUUCUCUAGUCUGGCUGAAGCUGCUUAUGAAGCUGCAGAUGUAGCUGAUGAUCAAGAAGAACCAGCCACAUAUUGCUUGUCUUCUUCAUUUGAGCUCAUAGUUCAGAAGCUCCUAGAGACCACAGACAGACCUGAUGGACACCAGAACAACCUGAGGAGUUCUGCAUAUGAAUCUCUCAUGGAAAUUGUGAAAAACAGUGCCAAGGAUUGUUACCCUGCAGUUCAAAAGACAACUUUGGUCAUCAUGGAACGACUCCAGCAGGUGCUUCAGAUGGAGUCACAUAUCCAGAGCACAUCAGAUAGGAUCCAAUUCAAUGACCUUCAGUCUUUACUCUGCGCAACUCUUCAGAAUGUUCUUCGGAAAGUACAACAUCAAGAUGCUUUGCAGAUUUCUGAUGUGGUCAUGGCCUCCCUGUUAAGGAUGUUCCAAAGCACAGCCGGGUCUGGGGGAGUGCAAGAGGAUGCCCUGAUGGCCGUCAGCACACUGGUGGAAGUGUUGGGUAGUGAGUUCCUCAAAUACAUGGAAGCCUUUAAACCCUUCCUGGGUAUUGGAUUGAAAAAUUAUGCUGAGUACCAGGUUUGUUUGGCAGCUGUGGGAUUAGUGGGAGAUUUAUGCCGUGCUCUACAAUCUAACAUUUUACCUUUUUGUGAUGAGGUAAUGCAGCUACUACUGGAG